AUGACAAUCGCAAUACCGCUUAUCAAGGGGUUUGUCGCCCUGGCUCACCUCGCUGCCCCUAUCUCUGCCAGCUAUGCCUUCUAUGUAGGCAAGGAUCUUCCGCUGAUGGCGGCAUGGUUCCCCCCUCCAUCGACCAACGGCGGCAUCAACGAGAAGGGUGUUGAGGUAAGGGACAUCUGGGCCAGCAACGAUGACGAGCUGGUUAAGAUGACCCCGACACCACAACAUGGCGUGCAGUACAGCAACCUGGCACGUCUGGUAAUGGAGAGAGCUAGUACUGCCCGGGAAGGCGUUGAGCUGUUCGGAAAUCUGAUCAAGGAGCGUGGAUAUGCUACUUACGGAGGCAACUCGCACCUCAUUGCCGACUGUAACAAGGGGUGGGUUGUUGCAUUGAAGAUUUUCCCGUCAACUUUGCCAACCGUGAUGACUGUAUGGGUUCUGAAACUAUCAUUUCAUUUGCCAUUGAAUAAGGUUGGUGGGAUCCUGGUGGCGACAGACCCUUCAAUAUCUUCAACGUCUAUGACGUCCAGGGGCCCGAUUACUCGGCCCGCAACGGCGGGUUUAAGUACAUCUCCCAAGCGCAGCUGGAGAAUACAACUCUCGCUAUGGUCCCUGUUAGCGAACAAGAUCCAAUCGAGCGUGUUCGCGGAUGACCAAGCUAGUUAUGGACAAGUCUUGAGCUUAAAACAGGGCGUCCACCCGGACCUAUUGCGGAUCUGGAUCGCUCCAACAGCCUCAGUGGCUGCACCUCAUGUCCCUUACUGGCUUCGGGUUAAUUCCAUCCUUCCCGAGUUUGGUCAACACCACGACGGCGCAUCGAGUACUUUCCUGAACCCGGACUUUAUGUUGCAGCAGGCAUCUCAGUUCGCGGGCCGGUUGUUUAAACGAGUUUUAUACUACAUGUGCUCUAAUCCGAAAGGUUUCCUGCCAAUCGAUAGAUAUGUUGACGGCAUUCGAGGAGUAGUCACGGAGCGACAUUGGCUGGGUCGAACAGAGCGAAAAGACGAUGAUUGAGCAGGCCAGCCCCAAAACGGCCAGUAGUUGGCUUUGACCCUGAUGUGCCGGCCAGCAAGCAACAGCAACCAUUGAGGCGAAGAGAGUUAUAGGAAGAGUCUGUUGCUCCACGGGUUUAUAUGUAUAGCAAACAUACAUUAAAGUAGAAUUGAGUGAAAGAAUAGCCUAGUAAUAUAUCCUUUUUACGGUCAGGCCAUCACAAUAUUCGAGAUUAAGAUGUAAUCUCAAGAUAUAGUGAUAUUUAACAUCGAUCUGGAUAUACCUUAGGCUUAUAAGUUAGAAGAUAGUUGCCGUCUCGCAAUCAAAAAACGUCUAAUAAUACACU